AUGAAAGUGAAAAAAACCCGCUGGCACGGCGUCAAGCUAUAUGCAGCAUCCAAAGCCCUCGGCGAACAAGAAUCCUUCGCAUGGGUCCACAAACACGCGCCGCUGCCCUUCAGCUUCAACACAGUCGUGCCCAACGUCAAUUUCGGCAUGGCCAUAUCACCCCCAAACAUGGGGUAUCGCAGCACUGCCGCUGUGCUCGAUGCCGUCGUAAAAGGGUACCCCGCUGCGCCAUCAAUAUUGCCAUCGCGAUGGUACGUUGAUGUCGAGGAUACGGCGCUCCUGCACUUGGCUGCUUUGACGCGGGAUGAUAUGUAUGAUGAACGACUGCUUGCGUUCGCGGGGAGGUAUAGCUGGACACAGAUUUUGGAGAUUUUGCAUCGACGGUUUCCGGGACGCAUUGGGUUGAAGGCAUUACCUUUAGAUGGAUCGGAGGUGGUGGAUGCAGGUCAAGUGGACAACCGGCGGAGUAUUCAAGUGUUGAAGAUGACGGGUAAAAAAGAGGGAUUCACCUCGUUGGAGGAUAUGUUGGUCAAGGCUAUGGAUACUAUUUUUGAGAAUCAGGGCAAGAAUAUGCCCAAAACCAGGAUUGAUCUGUAUUACGAGUCUUUGGCACGGUAG